UAGGCCUGUGUGACGUCACAAAGGAUUCAAUGUCAUAGUGACUAUGGCAAUUUUGAUUUGUGUCAUAGUCAACAUCCUAAACUUCAACCUGGGUCACACAGCGUCAGCUUGUCUGAUAGAAGGAGAAGCUGUAACGGGAUCUCUGUUGGACAAACAGCAGACGGUGAAGUGCGUACACACAGCAGUGGGAAAACACAAAGUUGGUGACAUAUCCCGCAAUGAUGCAUCACGCAGGGCAGAUGAGAGGGAAACGCCCAUCCCUGGGAGUGACCACAUCCGGGACUUCAUUGAGGAGGCUGGCAUGAACCCGGUCCGUAGGACAUAUGGCUUUAAGGGUACGAGGAGAGUCGCCCAGAUGUAGAUGCAUAACGGGGACCUGCUGCUACUGGGAGCCUAAAGCUUCACUGAAUCCACCUGGAGGCCCUCCAACGUCAGCGCUCCUACUCCUUUAAGAACUGCCCCCGGCCAAACAACUACACCCUGGGCAAUCCGCGACAAGGUGGGGAGAGAAUGUCAAGAGGAGGGAGACAAAAGGGAGGGGCGUGGGGGGAGAGG